AUGAUUUUUAUGGACCACCACAAACAAGCAGUACAAGACAAUUUGGAGCAAUUCAGCUCGUUGGGAGAACACUAUGAAAACCUUCCUGGUAGCAGAGCCUUUGCUUAUCUGAUUGCAAAAGCUGUACUAGAAUUAGAUCCAUUGGCGACUCGAAACAAUUCCACAAAUUCUCCAAAGACUGUUGGAAAUCCAGACGCCGAGGAUGGUGGUUUUAAUGAAAGUAUUUUACCCUCGGUGAAGAAUUUCAAUUCAAACUUUCCAAACUGUCCUAUCAAACCAGGUGCAACCAUAUUGGAUUUUGCCUGUGGACCUGGAAUUUUAGAUAGAAUUUUUGUACCUUACUUGGAGGCAAAAGACAAGGCUUCCAAAAUUGUGGGGGUAGAUAUUAACGAGGGAUUUUUGAACAGGUUCAAAUCACAGUUGGAUGUGAUUACCAAAGACUCUUCAAUAUGGACCAAAAUUGUCAAAGCUGACAUUUUGAGUGACGAAGCCGAGGCAGAUAUCCGUCCUCUUGAAUCCUCGGCCGAUGUGAUCGUUUGUUCGUUGGCGUACCACCAUUUCCACGAUUUUGGAGCCAUGACAAAAAAGUUGGCAUCGUUUCUUAAACCGGGUGGAUGGCUCUACAUUGUCGAUUUUUACCGAGAAAUCGCCGGAGCAGAAGUACUGAAGGACUUUAAGGGUGUACGUCACAGCGUGAUAAGUCCCGAAAGUUUGAACGAAGCUCUUGAAUUUGCCGGCUUGGAGAAGAAUACGAGUGCGGUGGAAUUAUCAACGAAAGCAUGGGUUCCACAAAAUUUUGUAGCAAAUCUGCCUGUGGAAGCCAAAAAGUUGGAAGCUGGUGAAAUGAGAACUGGAAUUAAUGACGGUGUUGAAACUUGUGUGGUGGAGUGGAAGAUCAUGGUGGCCAUUGGACGUCGGCCGGAGUGA